UGUCAGCGGCCGUGGCGUUAGCCUCAAUGGAAACAUCCGCUCUCCCCUCGAGCUAGCGUCCCCGUGACCAGUAAAACGACCUGACAGCUUGAUUAGCGCUUCAUCCACGCGUGAAACUUGCAUGAAUUGGGAUGUCCGCGGCCGACUGGUACGCCCACAAAUCGCUCGGGGACGGACUCUACUGGAUCCAGGAACGGUUCUACCAGUCGCAGAACCGGGCUAACAUAUGGCUGCUACGCGGGUCCCACCAGGACGUGGUCAUCGAUACGGGACUGGGUUUGAGGAGCUUGCCGGACUACAUCGACGCCAUGGGGCUGCUGGGCAAGGACCCGCAGCGGAAGAACCCGCUGCUGGCCAUCGCCACCCACGCCCACUUCGACCACUCGGGCGGCCUGCAUCAGUUCCAACAGGUGGGCGUCCACAGUGCCGAGGUGGAGGCUCUGGCCAACGGGGACAACUACGAGACGGUCACUUGGCUCAGCGACAGGGAGAUAGCCGAGGCUCCCAGUCCCGGGUGGAGGGCGAGGCACUAUAAAGUCAAGGCUGUGCAGCCCACUCACAUCCUGCAGGAAGGUGACGUCAUCAAUCUGGGCGACAGGCAGUUAACGGUGCUUCACAUGCCGGGCCACUCACGGGGCAGCAUCUGCCUCCACGACGCCGACAACAAGCUGCUGUUCAGCGGCGACGUGGUGUACGACGGCGCCAUGAUCGACUGGCUGCCGUACAGCCACGUUAGCGACUACAUCAGCAGCUGCGAGCGCCUGGUGGGCCUGGUGGACAGCGAACAGGUGGAUCAAGUCCUGCCGGGACACUACAACACCUUCGGCGCCAAACGCCUCCACCGCAUCGCCAGCUCGUACAUCAGUAGAGCCGGAACGUGCCCUGCCAAGUUCUCUACUUGGGCAUGGAGUACAGUAGCUGGCGUGGCACUCAGGGCGUCGCACCCACGUGGCAUCUGCUGAUUUCAUGCCAUGCACGCACACAAAACAAUUGUUAAAUACAAUAUAAUCGUUGCCAAACAUUCUGUAUAUUUUGCCAUGAACUGUACUGAUUGAUGUGAUUCUGAUAUUUUACAGAUGUAUUGCUUGAAGUUACUAUACAGUUCUGGGGAAAAAAUUAAGAGACCAACAUUUGGGAAAGUAGUACUCUAUAAAUGGAAUGGAAAUCUCUUAAGGAGUACUCUGCUGUCAAUCAUCAAGUGAAAUUCUAUACAUUUCCGUACAUUAAUUUCAACAUGUUGUCAGCUUUUGACCCUUGAAAUAAUAAAAAGGCACUUUUUAAGUGACAAGCUCCAUCUAGUGUUGAAGCUGAAAAGUGCAACAGAUUUUAGGCAGAACUCAAGCUUCUUGUACAGCUUCAACGCUUAUUUUCAUAAUUUGCGGCGAACCAAUGAAAUGAGCCGCAGUUGGCCUGUAGUUUGUAGACUCCCCUGCUUUAAGUUUUAAAAUUUCCAAAAGUAUGUUUUUUUUGGGGUGGGCGUGGAGCACUAUUGUGACCGGCAGGUUGAAAUGUCUUUUUUUAUUUAUUUUUGUUUACCUAUCUCUAAAUACUUUUAAGUAAAAAAAAAAAAUACAUACAUUUCUUCUAAAAUAUUUUAGACACAAAGAAAACUGUAAAGAGUCGAUGAUGCAGGUACAUAAAUACAAGUUAGUAUCUAUUGUCCAACUUUUCCUAGCGCAUAGUUUAUGAUUCCAAUGCACAUAAACAUCCAAAAUUUAAAGCUCAGACUAGUAUAACGGUAAAUAACGUGCUUUAUGUAUGAGUCGACUCAUUGCAAUAAUAGUGAUUCAUCAACUAUCAAAAUAAUCAUUUGUGGCAGCCCUGGUCUCUUAAUUUCUUCCUAAACUGUAACUUGAUGUAUGUUUUUUGUUGUUGUUUUUUUUUAAUUUUUUUUUUUUUUUUUUUAGAUAUGUAUAGCACAUUUGAAGUUGAAAUAGCACAAGCACUGAAGGUAUUGAAGCCGAGUAAAAAUGGCCAUAGUAUUUGUCUAUGCACAUUGCGCACACUCAGCGUCUACCUCCCUUGUUUGUAACAGUGCUUUUUACUAUUGGUGAAUUUAAAGCUUGGCGCUAUCAAGACUGACAAUAAAGCCUCUGUCCUACCUUCAUCUUUUGAGAUGUUUUUACAUAUUUUUCAUCUUUGGACAAGAUGUCUCCCCAGAGGCUUUGCCGCCAAAUAGAACUACAAGGCACGAGACUUUCAUCCGUCCAAC